CAGCUGACUGCAGCUGACACCAUGAAAGGUUUCUGUCAGUAGUAUGGAUUUUAUGUAGUAUUCUUUGAGUUUGUCUUUGGUAUUCUGUGUAAAAGUUCUCUGAGUGCAGUUCAAUUCAAAGUUGAAACACGAUUUUUUGUUAUAAUAAUAAGUGCCGGGAGAUUAUCAUAGAUCACGUCUUUUGUUUUUAUUAUACAAACGUUAUAAAGUACAAAAUAUAUACGCAUGCUCUUUAUUAUUAUCAAAAAGCAUUGACUAACGUUUGUAUUUCUAUCAGGUGUUUUAAGCUCUUUAAACAAACAAAGAAAAUGUUAUUCAGAACGAUAUAUGGUUGCGUAUAUUUGGUGUUGUUUUUGUGUGUAAACUACGCAUGCAGCGAGUUCACUACGAUAUUGUUGGGCUCUACCAUGGUAGCAGGUGUCGCCGGCGGCUGGUUCGAUUCGAUAAAGGAAAACACUUACUGUCGGUACGCUGAGUGCUGUACCGACCACUACAUUCCUUACGACGUAGAUAAAUUAAAUCAGUCCUUGACUGAAAAAAUGUUUGGUCAGCCACUAGUGAAAGAGUUAGUGAACAUUCUCACUGCACAUAAAAAGGCAGUAAAGAAAACUACUGGCUUCAACGAAAAGGCUUUGGUUAUCAGUCUGCAUGGCUGGACUGGUGUGGGAAAAAAUUAUGCAGCUACCAUGGUAGCUGAUGCUCUCUAUAAAAAUGGCAUGAAAAGUAAAUACGUGAAAUUCUUCAUGGGUGAAAAAGAUUUUGGAUGUAGUAAUUUAGAUGUUAAGAAGAAACAUUUAAUCAGCAUAUUGAAUGAAACUGUGGAAAAAUGUCCUAAGUCUUUAAUUAUAUUUGAUGAAAUAGAAAAGAUGUGUCCAACUAUAUUGGAUAUUAUAAGACCUAUGCUUGAUCAUCAUCAGACUGUCGAUGGAAUUGAUUACAGAGAUAGUAUUUUUAUUUUUAUAUCGAACAUUGGAGGAUUAGACAUAGCAAACAAUCUCUUGAAACUUAUUGAAGAUGGCAUCAAAAGAAAUGAAGUUGAUUUUCAUGACUUUGAACCCAUUAUACGGAAAAGAUCAUAUUUUGAAGGUGGUUUCAAAGAGUCCACAAUAAUUACACAACACUUAAUUGACCACUAUGUGCCUUUUUUACCUCUUGAGCAGCAUCACGUGGAAAUGUGCGCAUUACAAAUUUUCCGAGAAAAUGGCAUAGAAGACCCCAGUGCAGAAAUGUUGAGCGACGCUAUGAGCGUGAUAACGUACGGACCUACAGAAGAUAAAGCUAUAUUUGCCAACAGCGGCUGCAAGAGGCUGACGAGGAAAGUUCCAUAUGUCGUAGAAAAGUUUAAACCUAAGGAGGAUCUUUAGUUUGUAGAUCGCAAAAAGUAAUGAGGUUUUAAUUUUUAAUCCAUUUCAAGAAAAAUAUUACUAGAACUAUACCGGCUAUGUUAAUGUCUUUUUUUUUACUUAUUUUUGUUAAUCAAUUCAAUUAUUUAUAUGCAUAAAGUAAUGUGUAAAAUAAUGUUUAAAAAGUUGUGUAGGUAUUACUACAAGCUGUGAUAGGUCAAGGUGAUAAACUUAGCCUGACAGAUUUGAAAAGGCCAAAUAAGUGUCUUUCAGAUCGGAGCGCAGUUAUUGUUUAACCUUCGACCAACAUUGUUAUCUACUUGUAAAUACUCGAUUUUAAUUUUAUGGUGUACAAAUUAAUGUAUAAAAUACGUAGAUAUACUUACAUAAUAUAAAACUGCAAUUGUGUUUAAAAAAUGUCCACUGUUUUAAAAUAUUAUUGUCUUCCUUUUCUUCCGUUUCUUUAAAGGUGAACUGAUCUAUUACGCAAUACCCACCUUUAUUAGUAAAUGAUGCAUUCCACAUACAUCAUUAUUAAAUAUUAAUCAUAGGAAGUGUUUUAUCUUCAUAUUUAUGUGCCAUCAAUAUAGUCAGAAGAAGCAAACCAAUCAUUGCAUAAUUGAAAGUAACUUAAAAAUGGUAAUUAGUAAGGUUCUAAAUGAAACAGACAAAAUAAUCAUAGUAGAUACUGAUUAGAAAGGUUAUUUUAGGGGAUUAAAUUGCCCAGGAUAAUAAAUGAUGAUAACAUUUGUAAAUCCAAAUUAUAGCUUAGUACAUAAUUUGCUUCAACAAUUCCCACACUAGUAUAAUUUUAUGUAUUUCAAUAAUCUUAAAUACAAUUAAUUACUAUGUUCUUAUUAGUUCAAUUAAAACUAUAUAUCUGUAUUAAAAUUAUGACUGUAAGUGAGAGGGGAAUCUUUGAACUGGAUAAGCUUUGAAAAAUCUUUUAAAUUUGUUUAAACGCCGUUUUAUCACCCAAAAAUUAUUUUAGCAUUGCGGCAAUAAGCCACAUAACAACUACUCAUAUGAAAAAUAUUGUAUAACCUUGUACUUAUUGCUACAUAAGAGAACUUUAUUUGAAUUAUUUCAUAAACAAAACAAAAAAUUAAGUGUUCAAAAAUGCCCUACUCUCUACAUAAAACAUUCAAUUCAUUUUAAAAAUUAACGCUCUCUACGAAUUCGCAGCUGUUGUAUAUUUAUCACAUCAAUGAAAUAAACAAAAUGCUUUGAAGAAU